UCAAUCGAAUAUUGUAUUCACUGUAAAAUGAUUGAACAGGUGUAAUUUUGCAUUCCAAUAUUGCCAAAUUCAAUAUAUAUAAUCCAAUCACCCUUUAACAUUUGAGUUCAUUAAAAAUCCACACUCAGAGGAAGACGGUUUUAAAGUAAUCAAACACAUCACUAGUCAUGUGUUCUUCCUUAUUUGUUUUAUUAAUUGGUGCCCUAAUAUUUGCACUAAAUUUCGAUGUCGUGGCGAGUCAAGGAAAUACUUUCAAUUCCACAAUUAGAUUCUACCGAGGACCGACAGUGUCCGACUUCGUUUCAUUCAACUUAACAACAGCGGAAAAUGUUGCCGAUGAUCCGCAUUUCAAUGUAUUACGCAAAAGUGUUAUUUUCUUUCAUGGUUGGCAACAAUCACCUGACUCACCAGCUAGUCAAAUUCUAUUAAAUGCUUACUUAGCCAAUGGCACCUUCAACAUUUUGGCAUUGGAUUGGAGAUUAGCAGCGUCGAGUGUUUUCUUAGAUUUGGUCGUUCAGAGAGUGGAACCUCUAGGCAUAGCGGUUGCAUUAUUCAUUGACCGAUGGAAUUCGCAAAAAGGAGUUCCGUUCUCGACCAUGCAUCUUGUAGGUCACUCGCUAGGUGCUCAUUUGGCUGGAUCGGCAGGAAAAUAUACACGAGGAUGGUCGGGCCAAACGAAGUCCAUCGAGAGAAUAACCGGACUGGACCCUGCCUUUGUAGCUGCUGAUUUCUUGCAUUGGUCGUUUGCCAAUUUUGUCGACAUUAUUCAUACUGACGCUAACGGAUCAGGGACAAAUCGGAAUACUGGACAUGUAGAUUUCUGGCCAAACAAUGGAGUUGCAGUUCAACCGGGAUGUCCGUCGGUCGUAAUUGAUCCUAUAUGCAGUCAUAUGAGAGCAAUUCUACUCUAUGCUGAAAGUGUGGAGAGGGCAUAUCGUGCUGGCAAUUUCUUAUCAACGAAUAACGCUAAUGCAAACAUUGUUAUUGAAAUGGGUCUAAACUCUCCCAAAAAUGCACAGGGUGUGUAUACAUUGUACACUAACGGAGCCAGGUGGUUUUCGCAAUCAUAAUUGGAGAUUCUCAGCGACCUUAUUGACGUGAAAUUCGUUUUUUAUUGAAAUUAUUUUAAAGUUAAACGUACAAUUUGAUUAAUCUAAAAUCCAUUACAUAA